AUGUUCAUUAUUAAAAGUACAACACAAAUAAACAUUAAUUAAAUUGAAGUGUAAUUAAAUCUUGCAUGUGUACUAUGAAGCUCAUCUGGUGGUUUAUUGACCUGCUGUAGCAGACUCUCUGGUUUGCAAAGCUGGUGUAAGGUAUCACACAGGGGUCAUGGAGAUUUUACAAAGGGGUCAUGGAGGUAUCACACAGAGGUCAUGGAGGUAUCACACAGGGGUCAUGGAGAUUUUACACAGGGGUCAUGGAGGUAUCACACAGAGGUCAUGGAGGUAUCACACAGGGGUCAUGGAGAUUUUACACAGGGGUCAUGGAGGUAUCACACAGGGGUCAUGGAGGUAUCACACAGGAGUCUUGGAGAUAUCACACAGGGGUCAUGGAGGUAUCACACAGAGGUCAUGGAGGUAUCACACAGGGUCAUGGAGGUAUCACACAGGGGUCAUGGAGAUUUUACACAGGGGUCAUGGAGGUAUCACACAGGGGUCAUGGAGAUUUUACACAGGGGUCAUGGAGGUAUCACACAGAGGUCAUGGAGGUAUCACACAGGGGUCAUGGAGAUUUUACACAGGGGUCAUGGAGGUAUCACACAGGGGUCAUGGAGGUAUCACACAGGAGUCUUGGAGAUAUCACACAGGGGUCAUGGAGGUAUCACACAGGAGUCAUGGAGAUAUCACACAGGGGUCAUGGAGGUAUCACACAGAGGUCAUGGAGGUAUCACACAGGGUCAUGGAGGUAUCACACAGGGGUCAUGGAGAUUUUACACAGGGGUCUUGGAGGUAUCACACAGGGGUCAUGGAGGUAUCACACAGGAGUCAUGGAGAUAUCACACAGGGGUCAUGGAGGUAUCACACAGGGGUCAUGGAGGUAUCACACAGGGGUCAUGGAGAUUUUACACAGGGGUCAUGGAGGUAUCACACAGGGGUCAUGGAGAUUUUACACAGGGGUCUUGGAGGUAUCACACAGAGGUCAUGGAGGUAUCACACAGGGGUCAUGGAGAUUUUACACAGGGGUCAUGGAGGUAUCACACAGGGGUCAUGGAGAUUUUACACAGGGGUCUUGAGGUAUCACACAGAGGUCAUGGAGGUAUCACACAGAGGUCAUGGAGGUAUCACACAGGGGUCAUGGAGAUUUUACACAGGGGUCAUGGAGAUUUUACACAGGGGUCAUGGAGGUAUCACACAGGGGUCAUGGAGGUAUCACACAGGGGUCAUAGAGAUUUUACACAGGGGUCUUGGAGGUAUCACACAGGGGUCAUGGAGGUAUCACACAGGAGUCUUAGAGAUAUCACACAGGGGUCAUGGAGGUAUCACACAGGAGUCAUGGAGAUAUCACACAGGGGUCAUGGAGGUAUCACACAGAGGUCAUGGAGAUAUCACACAGGGGUCAUGGAGGUAUCACACAGGGGUCAUGGAGAUUUUACACAGGGGUCAUAGAGGUAUCACACAGGAGUCCUGGAGGUAUCACACAGGGGUCAUGGAGGUAUCACACAGGGGUCUUGGAGAUAUCACACAGGAGUCUUGGAGGUAUCACACAGGGGUCAUGUAGGUAUCACACAGGAGUCUUGGAGAUAUCACACAGGGGUCAUGGAGGUAUCUCCUGUGUACCUCACAGCACUGUGUAAUUCCUCCAUGACCCGU